UGAGUCCCCAAAAACCAUCUCCCCUAAACACUCUUGAAAAAACAGUCAUUAGCGUAAAAGAAAAACCCAAACUGAAAAACCCUAUUGAACCCAUAGCUAACGCAUUAAUUGCUUUUCUUCUCUCUCCAUCCAGUCUCUGUCUCCAAAGCUUCCACCUUUGCCGGUCUUCUUUGUUUACAAGUGGGUCUGUUCUUUGAGGCUAGAGAGAGAAAGAAAAAAGAAGAAUAGGAGGCUGUGGGUUAUUAGCAACAAAUAACACUGAAGUUGUGCUUGAAUUUGUAUGCAGGGACUUUCACUCUGUUUAACUGGAGCACGUUCAAGGGCUAUCAAGGCAAUUGGAGCAUUUAAAGCCAACUGCAGUGGCUGAUGCAGAUGUGAUUUUCAGUGUGGAAAGUAAAAUACUGGUAUUAGGUGAAGCAUAUCAAAUUUAAAGUGAUCCACUGCAUCUUCUCAAAAAAAAGAAGUGAUCCACUGCAAAGAGAUGCUUAUUGUUAUACAUAAUUUUUCUAAAACUAUCCCGUGCAUUUAGUGACUAGAAACAAUUUACAUCAAAACUAGAAAACUGAAAACCCCAUUUCCCUCUUUCACUCUCUCUCUCUCUCUCAAACCUCAAAAAGAUGGCUUCCAUCCCUUUCCUCCGCAUCUCACCCACCACCACCACCUUCAACCUCAAACCCCCCUCACUCCCUUCCCUUCGUAUCAUCAAACCCACAUACACCCCACCACACCCACGAAAACUCACUAUAACUCGCAUGUCCUACAACCCAACACCAGCCACAGAUCGCUUGAUCUCCACCAUAGCCUACACUCUCCCUUUCUUCAACUCCCUCCAAUACGGCCGCUUCCUCUUCCACCAAUACCCACCUCUCGCCUCUCUCUUCAACCCUCUCCUCCCCCUCCUUUCUCUCUACAGGUCUAUCCCUUACUCUUCCUUUGUUGCCUUCUUUGCUCUCUACUUGGGUGUUGUUAGAAACCCAAGUUUUUCCCACUUUGUUAGGUUCAACUCCAUGCAGGCUGUCACUCUUGACGUGCUUCUUGUGCUACCUGUUUUGAUUCAACGGGUUUUCAGCCCCGCUCGUGCUGGGUUUUGGUUCAAGGUCAUGGUUUGGUUCCAUAAUUUGCUGUUUGUGUUUGCUGUUUUGUGCUUUGUUUAUAGUGUGGGGUGUUGUGUUCUUGGGAGGACACCCUACUUGCCUUUUGUUGCUGAUGCUGCUGGUAGGCAGAUCUAAGUGGGCACCUUUACUUUUGUUUUAGGCAUUUCAUCAAACAGUUGUUGUUUGUGGCAUUUUGUCGAACACUUUGCUGUUUGUGAGUUGUGUUAAAUUGAUAAAUGAUAAAUCUGUGUACCCUUUUUGGGUUUUUGGUUU